GGCGAGCGGCGUCGGGACGAACAUGGCGACGGUGCUGCGCGGCUCCACGAAAUGGCUCUUCACCCGGGAACAAAUCGAAAAUACGCCGUCUCGCCGCUGCGGAAUCGAGCCAGACCGGGAGUUAUCGUACCGACAGCAAGCCGCCAACCUGAUCCAGGACAUGGGCCAGCGGCUUAACGUCUCCCAGCUUACAAUCAACACUGCCAUUGUCUAUAUGCACCGCUUUUAUAUGCUGAACUCCUUCACAAAGUUCCAUCGAAACAUUAUCUCUCCCACCACUCUGUUUUUAGCUGCUAAAGUGGAAGAGCAACCCCGGAAACUUGAACACGUCAUUAAAGUGGCACACGCCUGUCUUAAUCCGCAGGAACCUCCACUGGACACCAAUAGCAAUACAUACCUCCAACAAGCACAAGAACUGGUGCUUCUAGAAACUAUAGUGCUGCAAACACUCGGCUUUGAGAUUACUAUAGAUCAUCCACACACAGAUGUGGUGAGAUGUUCCCAGCUAGUACGAGCGAGCAAGGACUUGGCCCAGACCUCCUAUUUCAUGGCUACCAACAGUUUGCACCUGACCACCUUCUGCCUGCAGUACAGACCCACAGUGGUGGCGUGUGUGUGCAUUCAUCUCACCUGCAAGUGGUCCAAAUGGAAGAUUCCCAUCUCGUCGGACGGUAAACACUGGUGGGAGUAUUUGGAUCCCACAGUCACUCUGCAGCUGCUAGACCAGUUAACGCAUGAGUUCCUUCAGAUUUUGGAGAAGACGCCCAGCAGGUUGAAAAGGAUCAGAAACUGGCGGGCCACUCAAGCCGCCAAAAGGUCCAAAACAGAGAGCCAGUCAGUGGGGAGCUCCUUCCAGACUCCCCCAGCCCAGGACACGUUGCUGGUUGACCAUAAGACUGAUUUGAUGGGCUUAUACCCAGAUCCCUCCGCUUUGUUCCCGUUAGACACAGUCAACGGCUUGGCCAACCCGAGCUCCUCGUACGUCCAAGCCGACGCCCACGCGAGCUUACAGGCCGUACCAAUAAGCAGCAAGACGCAACACACGGCCACCAAUAAACUCAGUCUGGAAAAAUACAGGGAGAAGCAGGCGGCCGAGCAGCUGCAGCGCCGCAAACACAGUCACCUGCUGCCUGAAACCGCCACCCUGGCUUCGUCCUCGUCUUUAUCUGCAGUGCUGAUGUCAUCGGCAUCUGCGUCGUCGUCGUCAUCCUCUUCCUCUAUGGCGCGGGUCAAAUACGCUCAGCCCGGACAGGAGCGUGAGAUGAAGAGCGGCUCGCUGAAACGGCGUCACCCCUCGUCUUCAUCUUCCUCCACAGAAAACGGCUCAGCGAGUCAGGAGGAGCUGAAGAUGAAGAUCAAGAUGUCGGAGAGCGGCAGUAAGAGCAGGCACAGCCCUCGCUCGGGCCGGGAGAAACACAGAGCUUCGAAACACGACACGUCACACUCGCACACACACUCUCACACGCACGCUCAUGCACACGGCAGCCACUACAAAGCGCAUCGCUCGUCCAAGAGCCACACCCCUUCCGUCCCCGCCGCCAUGCCCCCUCCCAGCCACGCCCAACUGGGGAAGAUCGACAGAAGGCCAGGGGAGGGGCCGAGCGCAGAGAGCGCGGCUCCUCUGCUGCUCAACGGCCAACACAUGGACUACGCAGACACGUUCAACAUGCUCGACUCGCUGCUCAAUGCACAGAACAUGAACUACUAAAGUGCACGCAAUCAGAUUAUUAAAAACUGCAACAUAAAAAAAGAAAUUUUUUAAAAUAACUUUUAUGUUAGGGUCACAUGGUCCGUAACUUUCAUAUUCACCUCUUAAUUUAACCAUGUUGCUUCACUGAAGAAAAAAAGAAAAAAAAAGAGGAUAAAAGGUAAUAGUUGUUGUAUGUCAAAAAAAAAGUGUAUUAAGUUUUAAAGCUUACGAUGUGAAAAGCAGCCUGUGAAAUACUGUAAUGUUUUUAUCUCGGCUGUAGUAAUGGAAGGACAAUGCAUUGAUCACAUGACUAAAGGAGAGAUGUAACAUGUCUGUGUUUUACUAUAUACUUGAUUUUAUUUUAUUUUUUAUCAUACCGAUGAAUUUUUGACAAGACGUUGACUGUUCGUGGGAGGCGCAGAUAACCGUUUUCUCAUCUCUUCCCCCUCCCUGUUUUUUUUUCUUUUUUCUUUUGUUUGUUUUUUAAAUGCCAUGUCUGUAAUUCUCCCAAUGCUCAGGUUUGGAGACGCUAUAGUGUCUGUAACAUGACAUCUAGGAACCUACGGAUGUGGGAUUGUUAAAAGAAGUUCUAGCUACAGUAAACACCUAGUAUCUCAAAUAUUCUGUUUUUUACCUCUAGCGAUGGGAUGAUGGCGUUCGUCCACUUCAUUCCGUCGUGUCAACGUUGUAUUUUAAAAGGCUUUGCUUUGGCUUGUCGGCUGGUCGUUCCCCUUGCCCUCCUACCUCAUUAGCCCUUUAAACGGAGUCGAAGUCUGAAAGCCGUUCAGAUAAAUAAAUCGAUUUGUACACUUCUCUGUAAAAAUCACCCUCCCACUCGUAAUCUCAUUUAUUCAUUUAUAAACGAGGGUCGAAGGUGGUCAGCUCGUCCUAAACCUCCUUUUCAGCAGAGUCAGUUUAACAAAUUUGAUUAAUUUCCCAAGGCGGGGCUUAAUCUCAUCGUUCUUUAUCGCUUCCUCAGACGGAUAGCCAAGACAGAUAUGCGUGUCCUGAUUUGUCUAAACCGUCCCAGUAUAAAAGGAAACCGGGAUGCAUUAGUGUUACAUGGGAUAUAUAAAGAUUAAGAACUGAAGUUUCGCUUUACUUUUAAUACUGCCAUACAGGAUCUGUAUGAUGUUUUCGUUUAAAAAAAAAAAAAAGAAGGCAAAAAAGAAAAGAAAAAGCUAAUCCUUAGACUCCUGAAGGGUCCAGUAGAUCAGUGCCUCAGUGUAACACCUCCAUUUUGAGAUCUUGAUGAGAAAUUAGGGGCUGUUUUUUUUUUUUUCUUCAUACUUCGCUGUGAAGUGCUUUUGUGUUCUCUUUAGGAUGCCACAGUUGUCUGUAAAAGCCUGGAAUGUGAGACAAAAUCUGGUGAUGUUGGAUGAUUCUAAUAAAACCACCCUGAGAAACAAAA